UGGAACAGAACUUAGCGGCUUUUCUUCAUACCUGUGCCUUCAGUUGCAAUGGAUCCAACUGAUCAGACUGACAGCGAUCCAUGUCCCUUGGAUUUCUCAACAUUUGAAGCUAGACCUAUAUCAGCAUUUCACAUCGAACGCCGGAUGUCUUAUGACCAGAGGACUUCAUCUGAGCCGUCUGCUGCACCAGGUCCAUCUCGCCAUCCUUUUUCGAACCUCCCAAGCAUAGCGGAAGACCAAGAAUAUUCGUCUGCUAGUGGAAGCUCUUGUGCAAGCACUCCGAGGGCAUCCGAUGGUGGUGAGACACAUUCUGUCCUGGCAGAAGGUUGGGAAGCUCUAAAGCGCUCAUUGGUGUACUUCCGAGGCAAACCGGUUGGAACCAUUGCUGCAUUAGACCAUACAGAAGAAGCACUCAACUAUAAUCAGGUGUUUGUGAGGGAUUUUGUCCCUAGUGGCUUGGCAUUUCUGAUGAGUGGGGAGCCAGAAAUUGUCAAAAAUUUCCUCCUGAAAACACUCCGCCUUCAAGCACGGGAGAAAAAGUUUGACCACUUCAAGUUAGGGGAAGGUGCGAUGCCAGCAAGCUUCAAAGUCCUGCAAAAAAAAGAUGAGGAAGAGUUACAAGCUGAUUUCGGGGAAAGUGCUAUUGGAAGAGUUGCUCCUGUUGAUUCGGGCUUUUGGUGGAUCAUAUUGCUUCGUGCAUACACAAAAUCCACAGGUGACCGUUCCUUGGUUGAAAUGCCUGAAUGCCAAAAGGGCAUGCGGCUUAUUUUGACCUUGUGCCUCUCUGAAGGUUUUAAUACGUUUCCCACUCUACUCUGUCCUGAUGGCUGUUGUAUGAUAGACCGCAGAAUGGGAAUUUAUGGCUACCCUAUUGAAAUACAAGCGCUGUUCUUUAUGGCCUUAAAAUGUGCCUUGGUUUUGCUAAACCAUGAUGACGAAGGGAAGGAAUUUGCAGAUCGGAUAGCAAAGCGCCUACAUGCCUUGACCUAUCACAUGAGAAGUUACUUUUGGCUUGACUUUCGUCAACUUAAUGACAUUUACCGGUAUAAAACGGAGCAAUAUUCUCAUACGGCUGUUAACAAAUUCAAUGUGAUGCCUGACUCUCUUCCAGAUUGGCUAUUUGAUUUUAUGCCAACUCGUGGUGGUUACUUCAUUGGAAAUGUUAGUCCUGCUCGAAUGGACUUUCGUUGGUUUUGCUUGGGUAAUUGUUUGGCAAUUGUAUCAUCUUUAGCAACACCAGCUCAGUCUGCAGCCAUUAUGGAUCUUCUGGAAGAACGUUGGACAGAAUUGGUUGGAGAAAUGCCUUUGAAGGUUUGUUAUCCAGCGAUAGAAAGUCAUGAAUGGCGAGUAGUUACAGGUGGUGAUCCAAAAAACACUAGAUGGAGCUACCACAAUGGGGGAUCUUGGCCGGUGCUACUUUGGCUUCUAGCUGCUGCAAGCAUUAAGACUGGACGACCCCACAUGGGAAGACGAGCUAUCGAGCUUGCAGAGCGCAGGCUGUCGAAGGAUAACUGGCCUGAAUAUUAUGAUGGAAAGAUAGGGAGGUACGUUGGGAAGCAAGCUCGCAAGUUCCAAACCUGGUCUAUUGCUGGUUACUUGGUUGCUAAAAUGGUGCUUGAGGAUCCAUCUCGCCUGGGAAUGAUAGCACAGGAGGAGGAUAGACAGGCGAGACCUCUCAGAAGAAUGACAACGUGGUCAACAUAAACUAUCCUGCACGCCUCUUGAAGACAUUUUUGGAGUUGGAAAUUAUUAUCGGCCUUGCACUGUCGUUCAAGAGGGAAUUGCUGUGUUUUUUGCAGUUUCACGACU